UGUCUGGAAAAGCGGAAGAAGAGACAAAAACAACAACAGCAGCCGAACCGCAGCUCGGCGACGGGAGUUACCGAGAGAAACGACAAUUUAACGAAUACCCGCUCGGAGUAACAGUACCGGCGCUGUUUGGUUACGGUUAAUCCAGUGCUAAUUGUUUACAAUUAGUGGCAAAAUGUCCGGUGGAGGUUUAUUCGGGAAGUUAUUCGGUGGCGGGGGAAAGGGUGGGAAAUCGGCGACACCCCAGGAGGCUAUCCAGAAACUCCGAGAGACCGAGGAGAUGUUGGCCAAAAAACAGGAUUUCCUAGAGAAGAAGAUCGACCAGGAGCUCAUGACGGCGAAGAAGAACGGCACAAAAAAUAAACGAGCGGCCCUGCAGGCCUUGAAGAGAAAAAAGCGCUACGAGAAGCAGCUGGCUCAGAUCGACGGCACGUUGUCUACCAUCGAGUUCCAGAGGGAGGCGCUAGAGAACGCAAACACCAACACAGAAGUGCUCAAGAAUAUGGGCUACGCAGCCAAGGCCAUGAAGGCCGCACAUGAGAACAUGGACAUAGACAAAGUAGACGAUCUAAUGGCUGAAAUCACAGAACAACAAGAAGUGGCUCAAGAAAUCUCGGACGUUAUUUCCAGACCGGUUGGUUUCGGGGAAGAGUUUGACGAGGAUGAGCUUAUGGCUGAGCUGGAGGAGCUGGAACAGGAAGAGCUCGACCAGAAUCUUCUGGAGAUCGAAGGAGCAGCGGACGUUCCUCUACCCAGCGUACCGUCUACAUCACUACCUGCUAAACCAGCCAAGAAGAAGCAGGAAGAAGACGAGGAUGACAUGGCUGACCUGGAGGCCUGGGCCGCUAACUAAGCUAACCAGCGCCCCUCUCCUGUCUGUCUCUGCGCUACCAGGCUGCUCUCAGACAUCUGGAAGAGAGACAGGGACUCUGGGCUGCUGGCAUGCUGCUCUGUCUUAAAGCCGACGUCCCAACAUCUAACCUCACCCUCAUCCUGAAGUAUGCACUUGUGCACAAAUUCACUGACACCAAAUGAAAUGCACCCAGGCUGUUCUCCUCUGAUUAAUGUUAGAAUCUCUCUUGCUCCGGCUGCACACUCCUUUCUUUCUAAAGGGCACUGAGUAAAAGUCGUGCCCUUAGCAGCCUGUGGUUCUCUAUAUUGAAGGUCUCUUUAAGAGCGCACAAGUGAGCACUUAAGUCAGGAGGGUACAAGUGCAUACUUCUAGGGCAGGGUGUGCGGAGGAACAGGGGAAAGGCUUGUUUCUAAGAGGAAUGUGAAGAAUCAACAAAUGUUUGGGGGGGAAAAACUAAACAGAAAGACAACAUGACUCAGCCAUUUUUCUGCUUCCUGCGUCUUCAUCUCUCUGCUCUUCUGCGAUGACGACGACAACAUCCAACCAUCCACAGCUUCUCUGCCAAACCUUGGCAGCAGCAAACGAAGGGGAAUGAAAAGCUUGAGGAUUUUUCUCAUUGAAAUGUCACAGUUAAACUACAGGCUGAUUACGCGUUGAAAGCUAUGAAAACAUUCUGUAACGGGAGGUUCAUAUGUUUUAUCUGUCUGUCAGCCAACGGAGGAAAGACAACAACUAUUGGAGGAAGAAUACUGGUAAUAGAACGAGAUUUUUAACAUCAUAAUACGCAGCAGCUGCUUCAUUUAAUAACCUGUACUGGUAAAAAUCAAGCGAUACUCAUACCUGUUUGAUACCAUGGCAACAAAAACACAAGUCUUGGACACUCCAACUCCGGCACACAGUCUGAAUGCACAAAUACAUUUUUUGGUAUCGAAACGUUGCUAGCGGAUUUGGCUAAUUUACACAGCGCUCUGAUGCUUUUUGUAUUAUCGGUUACAGACGUAUCGUUUUAAAAGAUUUGGUAUCAAAAAGCAUCAAACAUUCAGACGACCUUACACGCUUUUUCUAGCCUCCCAGACAUUAACAACUUCAUGUUUGUAAUCAUUUAAUUAAAAAACCAUCUUGGCCUCCUGUGUGACAGACAGAAGCGUGAAAUCCUUUGACCUCUUUUGGAUUAUUCUCACAGAUUUUGGAAGCGUGUGAUAAUUCACAUAAAAAGAAAAACUGCUGAAUUAACAAAUAUAAUUUUGUUUGAUAAAUUCUCGAUUCUUCGAAGUCUCUUCAAAUUGUCUUUAAAGCUCCUCUGAGGACUUUUUGGCUGGUAAUGAAACUGUCUGAGACUCGUAUCGAUGUCUAUGAAAACAAUCUGUACAAGCAAACAAGACAAGGUUGACCUUUUCCCAUUUUGUUAUUUUUAUUUUCUGAAACUGUUGCCGGAGGGUUAAGGCGUCAGACGAGGCGAUUACCAACACGCCAUCAAAGCAGCUUUCUUGUCCUACAACAAAGUGCAUGUUAGACGUGUUAAUUAAAAGAGGGUUUCUUUUUCGUUUGUGAGAAAACACGUCUUGAACAUGUACAGAAAAGAGACUAUCAACCCGUUUGUCCACAGGAGUCGACACUAAAUUCGGUAAAACCCAAAAAGUUCCUCCCAGUAACCUGAAUCUAUCCUGGUGGGUUAGCUGGGAGCAACUGCUAAAACUGUUUAUGGAUUUCAAUUCAGUGUGAAUUGUGUACUCAAGUGUGGCCUUCUGGGCACCCCGCCUCACAUCGCCCCUCUUUUUUUUUUUUUGAGCCAGAUGUGACCAUGUCCCGACCGGAUGCUAUAAUAUUUCUGUGCCUUUGACUCAAAAAACUGACAUCUUAACGAGUAUAAUUCUCUCACUUCUAGUCGAAAACAUCUGAUUACACUUUAAUAUAAGCCCCCUUCACCUGACAGUCCAGGUACACACCUUAUUUAAGAUGUACAAAAAGGCCUGAACUGCUUGUAGUGAGUAAGAAUAGCUGCCAAACAAACGACAAAGCAGAAAGUACGUGCUACGUUUCUUAAAAUGCGGCAGCUGAAUGUUCUUAUAUUAAGUGUAAGGAGAUAUUUUAGACACGCAAACGCUGCGAUACAAUGUGAGUUUUUGCAGUGUGGUUUUCGGUUUUCGGCGCCUCGUUUGAUAAAAAUUAACCUGCUGCAUUGACAAAAACUAAAAACCUCCGACUGAGACCAUAAAGGCGUUACAAAGACGUUUACUGAGGUGUGAGGAGCGGCCUUCUUUUUCCUUCAGUUUUCCAAACAAUGGGACCACUGUGUUAGCUAAAGUCGCUCUGUAAUAAGCUGUUAGCAUGAUCGCGCUGUAGCGUUCUUAGAUCUUCAGCGUUGUUGGACCUCCGUCAUGGCUGCCAGAGGACGUAUAACACCACCUUUACUUUGAACACGUGUGAAACCUCCUGCUGUUGUCAGUCUGUAGUUUAACACUGACGUGUAAUCUGAGGACGUCCUUCAUGGUUUGAGUUGAUGAUGUGUGAGUGUGUGUGUGUGUGUGUGUGUGAGAGAGUGUGUGUGAUGUUUUUUCAGCCUAUGGACACGGUGACCUCUUGUGAAUAUUUAGUCUUUUUUUUUUUCUCCAUUCUGCUCUUGAAUCAUCUGAUUUGAACAUGGAGACACUUACAUAACUAAUGUUAGUCUUCAUUUUACGAUGAUAAUAAUAUAUCUUCUGCUCGCUGCACCCCUCCCCCUUUGGUUUGAUCCACACUACCCUCCCCGUCUGUCAGGGGACACGUCUGAACGGAAGGAUGGUUGAGAUUGUAUUUAAACAUGAUCCAAGUCUUUAAAUAAAGGAAACAGAUGAAUAAAGAA